AUGAGAGCCAGUACUGGACUUACCUACCUCCUCGUCCUCUUCGCGGCUACUGGCAUCUGCUUAUCUGCUCUUCUUCCCACUGAUGGGCCGGUACUCCGCCACUUGCACUAUCCCCCCAGUUUAGAUAAUUCCUACCGAAGCCACAGACUGAGCACCGGAACCGUUUCAACCCAUGUUUCAAUCGUACCCACGGGGCCACCAGGUCCACACGCACAAUUGUACAGCAUUCAGGCUGAUAACCCGACACCUUCCCGAGCAAGAAUCAAGUUGUUACUAGGGGACAGAAAAGAAGCCGAUGAUGACCCCCUUUACUUGGAUGCGGAGACCGACCUAACUGUACUCGCCACAGUGCAUGGCUGGCCUCCAUAUGUUGAGGUGUUGUACACCCUUGUCGACUUGCCACAUGACGAGAACGAGGCCGACAUAGCUGAAGCCCCGACUGCCUAG